AUGUCAUACAACACGGCACACGACGAUGAUGAUGAUCAGUCUGGAACACUCGUUCUACCGGAAUAUUCCAUCCACGGCCUGUUCUGUGUCAUGUUCACCUGUGCGGGAGAGUGGGUGACCCUGGGACUGAACAUUCCUCUACUGUUCUACCAUCUCUGGAGGUACUUCCACCGGCCCGCAGACGGCUCGGAGCUGCUGUACGACCCCGCCUCGGUCAUGAGUGCCGAGAUCCUCAAUUACUACCAGAAGGAGUCAUGGUGCAAGCUCUCCUUCUAUCUCAUCUCCUUCUUCUAUUACCUGUACAGUAUGGUCUACACACUGGUCAGUUUUUAACUCCAGGCCGGCCAUCGGCUGCCGAGUUGUCGGUGGGGCCUAGGACCACACAGGAUAUGGAACACGUGACAGACAAGCGGGGCCACGGUGGGGCCUGGAGGGCCGGCCUCUCCCUGCUGAUCUGUGAGGUAAUCUCGCUGCUGGCCAAAGUUCGAGACCUCGCCUAACAUCAUCUGCCCCUUGAAACCGAAUCUGGGUCCAACCACGUAACAGCAACAAGUCACCACGAACACGCCAGCGUCGGAGAGGGCGGCAGAGUGCGGCAAUUCCUGGCCCCGUUUAUGGACCUUUUAACUAUCACUAUAACUAGUUAACAGUGGAUGUUUAGCAGGUUAACUGUAGAGAUUAAUUGGUUAAUUGUCUUUUUUUAAAAUGUGGAUUUACCUGACUUGUGUUUGCAUCUUGCCUGCGUCUCAUGUCAUUAUAGGCCCGACCUCACCUCGGACAACCGGGCUGGAUUUGGAGCGGGAAGCUGUGCUGGACAGCCCAGGACUGGGGUCAGUUCAGGGCUCGUGGAGCCUUCGAGAGAUACAGGAGAGAAACAAUGCUCGGGCCACGGAGUCCAGUCCCACACUCCCAUUCCUACCCAAUCUCAUUCCUUCUUCGCUCCAUCGUUUCCCCAUGUAUCCCACACACCAGGGGGAUAGGGUUACAGCCAUUAACCCACUGACUCUGCAUGUCGUUGGGA